AUGUUGAACCAUCUUGUCGUCAACUCUUACAAUCUGUGGGUUGUGGUAUUCGUGGGCAUGGGCACAAUAUCUACAGCCUAUGGCCUAGCAAUUAUUUGCUCGACUGUCGGGCAACCAAAUUUCUACAGCUACUUUAAUUUAGCCUCAGCAGGGGAACCAGGAUAUAAUCACACCACAAACACGAUCGGAGCCCUGAAUGGCGUAAAUAGCGCUGGUGCGAUUUUCGGGUGUUUGCUCAACGCAUGGACUUGUGACAAGUACGGGCGCAAACGAUCCAUAAUGAUAGGCUGUAUAGUCUUGGUUGCUGGAGGGGCUCUGUGUUCGGGCGCAGUCGACAUUGCCAUGUUCCUCAUUGGCCGUUUCAUCGCGGGAUUAGGAGCUGGAAUGCUAGCUUGCGCCGUGCCUAUGUACCAGGCCGAAGUCUCGACCCCAGAAACGAGAGGUGCCAUGUGCGUAUUCCCACUUGCUGUACUUGCUGGCUCAAAUUGUAUACCUUUUUCACCACGAUGGCUCCUACAGCAAGGACACCGGGAAGAAGCUCUUGAGAUUGUCAAGAAACUGCAUAGGACGCCAAAAGAUCCCGAAAACAUUAAAGCGAGAGAGGAAUUCUGUCUUAUCGAGAAGCAGUACGAGCUUGACAAGGCGAUACCAGUUAGACUGCUUGAGCUAUUUCGGACCAAAGCAAACCGGAAGCGAGCGCUCGUGGGGUUCCUUCUUAUGUGGGGAAACCAAUUCCUGAGUAUCUUCGUCAUGACAAAUUACGGUGUACUCAUUUACGCAUCCCUUGGCCUCAGUGGAUUCGUUCCAUUACUACUUAAUGCAUGCUGGACAACCUUCACCAUUGUUGGAAACAUCUGGACGGCUUUCUAUAUCGACCGGUUCGGCCGCCGCGCAUUCAUGUUAAUUGGUUCUACCGGCUGCACAGCAUGCGUCAUUUUCCUCUGUGUUUUGACGGCAGAAUAUCUUAAUACCACGAAUAUUGCAGGGCUUCGAGUUGCCUACGUUUACAUUGCAGAGAUUUUCCCGAACCACUUCCGACCCCAGGGGGUUGCGUUUGGCCUUUCAGCUUUCUAUGUUGCAUCUGAAAUAACUCUUGUUGGCGCGCCGGUUGCUUUGAAUGCGAUUGGGUGGAAGUUUUAUCUCGUACUGAUUUGCCCGUCUAUUGUAUAUAUCGGAUUGAUAUACCUCUUGUUCCCUGAGACUAAAGGACGAACACUAGAAGAGAUUGGAGCGUUGUUCGGCGAUAAGCAUAUCGCAAGUCGCUGGUAUGACAUGAGCCAAGAAGAGAAGCAAAGAGUGGCCCAAGAGGCGUUGGCGGAGAUGCCGGAGUCUGGAGAGGGUGACCGAGGCAAUGGAGUCAAGUCUGAAACUACCAGAGAAGAGAGCGUUUGA